CAUGUCGAAACCUUACUGUUACGUUCUACGGAAAGUGUGUGUAACCAGCUUUAAUGAAUGUGACACAUUAAACUCACAAAAGAAAAAAAAAACUCAAAGCGAACACUAGUAAAGUGACAAAUGCCGCGCGCGACACGAGCAUCUCUCGUGACUGUGUUGAUGCUGCUUUGCAUAGCGAGGAGUAUCCGCGCUCAAGUUUAUCAGAACAUGUCGAGUCUCGCCGGAGCACAUUCCGUGGCGUACGUCACAGUGCCGGACGACGUAGUUGCGAAGAGAUUAGCACGCGGUCUGGUCGAGAAUAAGCUGGCUGCCUGUGUCAACAUCAUCCCGCGACUCAUCUCCAUAUACAAAUGGGAAGGGAAAAUACAGGAGGAGCCUGAACUUUUGUUGAUGAUAAAAACCAGAACAGAAAGAGUAGACGCUCUAACAAAAUAUGUCAAAGAAAACCAUCCAUAUACUGUUUGCGAAGUAAUUUCCCUGCCUAUACAAAAUGGCAAUGAAGAUUAUCUAAAAUGGAUCAAUGAAGUGGUUCCACCGCUUGAUAAAAACGCUUAAAAUAAUUAAAAUUUACAGGCAGGGAAACAAUCGCUCGGGCUGGAGUAAAGAAGGCAGCGAUUCGAACGCUUUGAGAAAUUCAAGUCCAACGGACAGCGAAAACAGCAACAAGAACAGAUGGUAGAAGGGGAAAAACGAAACAGAUGGUAGGACGGUAGAACUGCUAUUACUGCAUUUUGCUUUUGUACUUCAUGUAUGUUUUGCACCGCUAUUUCUCGCUACUAUCCCGACUGGUUUCAACGGUAACAAUCCUCAAGCCAACUUUGGCCACCAUGACAUACUCCAAGUUAGAUGGCGGGAAAAUCUCGCUAUGUUCAGCCAUGAAAACUUGUUGUUCAGGCGAGCACCUGUACAGCUGCUUAAGCACAUGUUACGUGCAUUCUAAAAAUACAUUUUUUCUUACGUACACUAUUACUUAUCAGUUUACAAGAGAUUCAUUCAUUGCAACUUGAGAUCCAAACAUUGUAGCUGUAAUCUAUACUUGUAUUUAAAAUUAAAUACAUAUUUAUAAAUUAUAUAUAAAUUUGAAAUUUGGUGAAAACGAGA